UGUUUGCCACAUGGGAGAAGAAGCACCAGAAUCUGACGUCUCUGUAUCCGUAGAAGCUGCGUAUGUAGCAUCGGACUCUUCGAUAAGAGAUCGCGAACCGAUAUUCGAUGAUUCAAGGCACGGAGGCCAACGGAGGCCGCGAAAUCUCGACCAGCCGCCUUUCUCGCGUCUCUACGUCAUAUGCGGCAAGAGACACGACAAGGACACGAUCACGGAGAUAUUUAAAGAGUACGGCGAACUGGAAGACGUAUGGAUGGUCGUAUCUCAAGACUCGAAGCAGCCGCGCGGCUAUUGUUACGUCAAAUUUUCGAAGACGUCAUCAGCCGCCACGGCAAUGGAGCAACUGAAUGGUCGGAUUCUGGAAGGCGAUACUAAGCCGAUCACUGUCAAGCUGGCGGCUUCGCGCUCCUCUGAUCCUGAUAAGUACCAGGAGGUCUCACCCAGGGAUCGAUUGUUUCUCAUUGUUCCGAGGGAUUUGACCGAGGAAAAGUUGGAGGCGGAAUUCGAGCAGUUUGGCCACAUUAUUUCAUGCAAGAUUGUGAGAGACAGGCAGACAAAGGCGUCGAAAGGCUAUGCCUAUGUUCAGUUUGCUAAGGCCUCGUCUGCUGCUGUAGCACUCGAGGAGUGUGACAAACUCUACAAGCCCGUGUUUGCUGAACCAAAAUCGGCGUCCUAUCGAUCAAGGGAAUAUGACAGUUCUCAUCAUCGUGGCGGCGGUGGCGGCGGCAGUGCUGGCAGCAGCUACAGCAACAGCAGCCAUGGCCAGUCGGCACCCCCUAUGCAGUCCAAUACUGGGUAUCUUGCUGGUAGUCCGUAUGGUGAUUAUUUUCCAAGCUUUGCACCAUUUAGUGCAGAGUAUUAUUCGGGUGGAGGUCCGGGAGCGGGAGAGCAGAAGACUCGACUGUAUGUGAUCGUCGAACAGUCUGUCAGUCAGUCUCAACUGGCAAGUCUUUUUGACUUGAUACCGGGCAUGAGAAUGUGUGACAUAAAACUGGAUCGAAAUACUGGCCGAUCUCGAGGUUUUGCGUACAUCACGUACGAAUCCCAAGCAUCAGCCAUGUAUGCGAAGGAGAAGCUACACGGCUUCGAGUAUCCUCCAGGUCAGAGACUUGUUGUCAAGUUUGCAGAAGACAACCCAAGGAGGUCGGUCACCACCACCACUACGGUCUACCAACAACAGCAAGAACAACAGCUUCAGCAGCAGCAGCUACAACAGCAGCAGCUGCAGCAACAGCAGCUACAACAGCAACAGUUUCAACAGCAACAGCUCCACCAGCAGCAGUUUCAGCAGCAACAGCUGCAAUUGCAACAGCAACAGAUGCAGCAGCAACAAUUACAGCAACAGCAGGAGUAUUACUACAACGUGGCAGCAGCUCAAGUAGCUCCAGGGGCAUAUAAUCCGGCGGCGUCUGCCUUUACUCCCGACGCAGCUACUUAUGCUCCUGCUGUACCCUAUGCCCCGUCUGCAAUGUCUGCCCAGACUGCAAUGUCUGCCCAGUCUGUCAUGUCUGCAGGCAUUGCUCCUCCUGGAACGACUCCUAUUAGCGCUGAAGGUCAACCAGCUGCAGUUCAAGGCUCAACUGGAGAAUCUUUUCGCCUCUUCUUUAUCUGUAGCCCUUAUCCUUUGGCUGUAGAGGCUCUGCGAGAAGUGUUUUCUCAGUUUGGAUCCCUGAUUGAUGUGUGGUUGGUUCGAGGGAGAAAUUACGGUUAUGCUAAGUUUUCACGUUCCAGUGCUGCCGAGAAGGCCAUGACGGCAUUGCAUGAUAUGGAGGUUUGUGGGGUGAAAAUGAAGGUAACGAUUGCCGAACCGAAUCCCGAGGAGGAGACGAGUCGUAAGAGAAUGCGCAGUGAGACAACAGGAAGUGAAACUGGACAAUGAAUGACUUGACUGACACGUUGACAAUGACGUGACCCACUGGUGUGUGCUCAUCCAGUGUUGGAGGUGCAUGAGUUUGCAUGGAUGUUAGUGUAGUGCAUAUGAUACACUCUACUGGCAGUACUAGACUAGUAGACUACGUCUGACUACAUGUUGUGUGUACAAUGGUGACUGUCGUGAUUAUGGGUGUUGAACAGCGAUGAGAUGACGUGUGUCAGGA